AUGGCUGGCUGGCCGCUGGAGGCCCUGGUGUGGGGCGCGUGGCUCUGCGUCCUGGCGCACGGGCAGCGGGCCGCUCCCAGGCCGGGCUCUCAAGACCCGGACCCGGGGCGCUGGAGGCAGCUGAUCCAGUGGGAGAACAACGGGCAGGUGUACAGCCUGCUCAACUCGGGGUCCGAGUACGUGCCGGCCGGGCCAGUGGCCGCGGGGAGCGGCUCGCAGGUGCUGCUGGCGGGCGCCCCGCAGACGGCGGCCCCGAGGAGGCGCAGCUCCGGGGGUCCCCGGCGCAGACAGGCGCCUUCGCUGCCCCAAGCCGGCCGCGUGGGCUCGGACACGGUGCGGGGCCAGGCGCGGCACCCGUUCGGCUUCGGCCAGGUGCCCGACAACUGGCGCGAGGUGGCCGUCGGGGACAGCUCGGGCCUGGCCCGGGCGCGCACGUCGGUGUCGCAGUCGUCCGUGUCCGCGUCGGCCUUUGCGGGCACCUUCCGGCAGCCGGGCCCCUUCCCGCAGCAGUACCCCUACCCGCAGGCGCCCUACGUGGGCCAGUACGAGAACUACGACCCCGCCGCUCGGACCUACGACCAGGGCUACGUGUACUACCGCAGCGGGGGCGGCGGGGCGGGCGCGGCAGCCGUGGCCUCGGCCGGGGUCCUCUACCCUUUCCAGCCGCGCGCGCGCUACGACGACUACGGCGCUGCCGGGGCCGGUGCGGCCGUGGGCACGGGCGGCGGCGGCGGCGACGAUCAGCCCGAGUACCCCCCGCCGCAGGGCUACUACCCGGCGGUGCCCGAGCGGCCCUACGUGCCCGCCGACGGCCUGGACCGCCGCUACUCGCACAGCCUGUACAGCGAGGGCGCGGCGCCCCCCGAGCCCGUCUACCCCGACCCCGGCCCCGACGCCGCCUACGGCGAUCCCCGGCCCGGCUGGUACCCGCCCUAUGCCAACGUGCCCCCCGAGGCUUACCCGCCGCCGCGGGCCGUGGAGCCGCAGCCCCCGUUCCGCGUGCAGGAGCCCCCCUACCUGCCCGUGCGCAGCUCCGAGGCGCCCCCGGUGCCCGGAGCGGAGCGCAGGGAGCAGCGCAACAACGGGGGCGGCGGCGCGCAGCAGGGACGCCUGAGUGUGGGCAGCUUGUACAGGCCCAACCAGAACGGCCGAGGGCUCCCCGACUUGGUGCCAGACCCCAACUACGUACAAGCAUCUACAUAUGUGCAGAGGGCCCACCUGUACUCUCUGCGCUGCGCCGCAGAGGAGAAGUGCCUGGCCAGCACAGCCUAUGCCCCUGAGGCCACCGACUAUGACGUGCGGGUGCUGCUACGCUUCCCUCAACGUGUGAAGAACCAGGGCACUGCAGACUUCCUGCCCAGCCGACCCAAGCACACUUGGGAGUGGCACAGCUGUCACCAACAUUACCACAGCAUGGAUGAGUUCAGCCACUAUGACCUACUGGAUGCUACAACGGGCAGGAAGGUGGCUGAGGGCCACAAAGCCAGUUUCUGCCUGGAGGACAGCACCUGUGACUUUGGCAACCUGAAGCGUUAUGCCUGUACUUCUCACACGCAGGGCCUAAGUCCAGGCUGCUAUGACACUUACAAUGCAGACAUCGACUGCCAGUGGAUUGACAUCACAGAUGUGCAGCCAGGAAACUACAUCCUCAAGGUGCAUGUGAACCCCAAGUACAUUGUUCUGGAAUCUGACUUCACCAACAACGUGGUGAGGUGCAACAUUCACUACACAGGCCGUUACGUUUCCACCACAAACUGCAAAAUUGUCCCAGGCCUGCACAUUCAGACUCCAGAGUCAGCUCAAUGGUGCCCGUUUUCUGAUAAGUGA